GCCCAAGAAUAACUAACUCUUUGAAACGUUUUCCUUCUCCCCUCUCAUUGAUUUAUUGUAACCAGCAUCGAUCGCAUUCUACGUGUUUGAUGAAUUGCUUCAGAACAAUGCUCAAGAUGAAGCAUCUAGCUUCUAGCUCCGGCCACUUCUCUGCUUUCUUGCACUCUUCAUCUGCACCGAAUGUGCUGAAAACCGGACAGGUUCUGAAGCUAGCCAGAACAUUUUCAGACUCGGAUGUUGUGGACUACUCCAAGCUAAGCUUGGACGGGAACCCUUUACAUUUCGAACCUGAAUGUGCCAGAAUUGCCGGUUUCGCUGACAUAUUAGUCCCAGGAAUGCUCGUGGCUUCAUUAUUCCCUAGGAUCAUUGCAUUUCAUUUUCCAGGGGCGGUAUACGUAUCACAAACCUUGCAGUUUAAAUUGCCUGUUUAUAUUGGGGAGGAGAUCACCGGUGAAGUGGAGGCAACAAGUAUCAGGAAGCUGAAAAACAAAUACAUGGCAAAGUUUUUGACGAAAUGUUUCAAAGACGAUAAUACUCUGGUUAUCGAUGGCGAGGCCACGGCAAUCUUACCUGCUCCGGCUUGGGAGAAUUCACGGACAAGAGCAUGAACCAUUCUUCCACAUCCCUGGAAGAAGGCUUCAACGGCAAGUUUAACUUCGACAUUCUUAUUUUCAAAUUGUUAUUUGGUGAAUUGAAUUCCCCCUUCUGUAAUCUUCUGAUGUUAAACACUCCAACGAGCGCUUUCCAAUUCUUUUCCAGCUAAGGAAUGAUGCACAGAAGUUCAGCUCAUGCUCGCAAAAAUGUUAAUCAAUUUUGCUUAUUUGAGUUUUUCGAUGUCUUGCACACUCGCAGUUAUACAAGAUAAAUUCCGAUAAACUAGAAUUGCUACCACUAAAGGGUAAAAUUUAAGGCAUCAGCAACAACACCCCUUUUCACCAAUCAUUGUAACUCUUUCCUCCAUUCGCAAUUUAGCCUAACCCACACAAAUGACAAAAUAAUGAGAGGACCGUUUCCAGGGCCAGCUGACAUGGUCCAACAAAUCAUGUUCUUCUACCUAGUUCCUCCCUUGUAGGACUUCUCAAAA